AUGGAGGGGAGAGGCGCGGGCCCCAGCCGGGCGGCCUAUGAACGCCUCACAGCUGAGGAGAUGGAUGAGCAGAGACGGCAGAAUGUUGCCUAUCAGUACCUGUGCCGGCUGGAGGAAGCCAAGCGCUGGAUGGAGGCUUGCCUGAAGGAGGAGCUGCCUUCCCCUGUGGAGCUGGAGGAGAGCCUCCGGAACGGGGUGCUGCUGGCCAGGCUGGGCCACUGUUUUGCACCCUCUGUGGUUCCACUGAAAAAGAUCUAUGACGUGGAGCAGCUGCGAUACCAGGCAACUGGCUUACAUUUCCGUCACACAGACAACAUCAACUUUUGGCUGUCUGCAAUAGCCCACAUCGGUCUGCCUUCGACCUUUUUCCCAGAGACCACAGACAUCUAUGACAAGAAGAACAUGCCCCGCGUGAUCUAUUGCAUCCACGCUCUCAGUCUUUUCCUCUUCCGGCUGGGAUUGGCCCCUCAGAUACAUGAUCUAUACGGGAAAGUGAAAUUCACAGCUGAGGAACUCAGCAACAUGGCCUCUGAACUGGCCAAAUACUGCCUCCAGCUACCUGCCUUCAGCAAGAUUGGUGGCAUUCUGGCUAGCAAGCUCUCAGUGGAUGAGGCUGCAGUCCACGCAGCUGUUCUCGCCAUCAAUGAAGCAGUGGAGCGGGGAGUGGUCGAGGACACCCUGACUGCCUUGCAGAAUCCCAGUGCAUUAUUGGAGAAUCUCCGAGAGCCUCUGGCAGCCAUCUACCAGGAGCUCUUGGCCCAGGCCAAGAUGGAGAAGGCUGCCAAUGCCAGGAACUGUGAUGAUGGAGAAAGCCAGGACAUCUAUGACCACUACCUAACUCAGGCUGAGAUCCAGGGCAACAUCAACCAUGUCAAUGUCCAUGGAGCUCUAGAAGUUGUUGAUGAUGCUCUGGAAAGACAGAACCCUCAAUCUUUGCUUGAGGCCCUUCAAGACCCUGUGCUGGCCCUGCAAGGCGUAAGGAGAGACUAUGCUGACUGGUAUCUGGACCAGCUGGGCUCAGACAGAGAGCAGAAAGCUCAGGAGCUGGGGCUGGUGGAACUCUUGGAAAAGGAGGAGGUCCAGGCUGGUGUGACUGCAGCCAAUAUGAAGGGUGACCAGGAACAAGCCAUGCUCCAGGCAGUGCGGCGGAUCAACAGCGCCAUCCAGAGGGGAGUGGCAGCUGACACCAUGAAGGAGCUGAUGUGCCCUGAAGCCCAGCUGCCUCCAGUAUACCCCUUUGCCUCGGCUCUGUACCAGCAGGAACUGGCAGUACUCCAGCAGCAGCAGCAGCGGCUUGGCCAGGAGGAGCUCUUUGUGGCUGUGGAGAUGCUCUCAGCUGUGGUCCUGAUUAACCAGGCCUUGGAAGCCAGGGAUGCCAGCAGCUUCUGGAGCAGCCUCGUGAGCCCAGCCACAGGCCUGACUGAGGUGGAAAGAGAGAAUGCUCAGCGUUACUUUGAUGCCCUGGUGAAGCUGCAACAGGUGCGUGGAGCAGAUGGGGCCUUUCUGAGCUGGAAUGACCUGCAGGCCACCUUGAGCCAGGUCAACGCCCAGGUCCAAGAAGAGACCGAUCGGGUCCUCGCAGUCAGCCUCAUCAAUGAGGCUCUGGACCAUGGCAGCCCUGAGAAGACCCUAACUGCCCUGAUGCUUCCUGCAGCCGGCUUGGAUGAUGUCAGGCUCUCUGUUGCCUCUUGUUACCAUCUCCUCCUCGUGGCAGCCAAAAGACAGAAGGCCCAGGUGACAGGAGAUCCUGGAGCUGUACUGUGGCUGGAGGAGAUUCGUCAAGGAGUGGUCAGAGCCAACCAGGACACAAACACAGCUCAGAAAAUGGCUCUUGGUGUGGCCGCCAUCAAUCAGGCCGUUAAGGAAGGCAAAGCAACCCAGACAGAACGGGUGUUAAGAAACCCCGCCGUGGCCCUUCGAGGAGUGAUUCCUGACUAUGCUGACGACUACCAGCGAGUCCUGGAAGGUGCCGUGGCAAAGAAGCGGCACCGAGGAGACACAGCUUUCUGGGUUCAACAUAACAUGAAGGAUGGCACUCCCUACUACUUCCAUCUGCAGACCUUCCAGGGGACCUGGGAGCGACCCCCAGGCUGCUGCCUCAAUACCUCCCACCUGACUCGGGAGGAGAUCCAGUCAGCUGUCACCAAGGUCACUGCUGCUCAUGACCGCCAGAAGCUCUGGAAGACCAAUGUCAGCUUUGUCAUCCAGCUCCAGGCCCGCCUUCGAGGUUUCCUGGUCCGACAGAAGUUUGCUGAGCGUUCCUACUUUCUGAGGACCUGGAUCCCAGCAAUCAUCAGGAUCCAGGCUCAUUGGAGGGGUCGCAAGCAGCGGAAGAUUUACUUGGAGAGGUUGCGGUAUUUAAAAGCAAAUGUGGAUGCUGUGAUCAAGAUCCAGGCUUGGACCCGGAUGUGGGCAGCUCGGAGACGAUACCGGAGGUGUCUGCGCCACUUCCGGAAGAAUAUCAAUGCUGUGGUGAAGAUCCAGGCAUUUUUCCGAGCUAGGAAAGCCCGGGAUGACUACAGGAUGUUAGUUCACACACCCCAUCCCCCACUCAGUGUGGUUCGAAGAUUUGUCCACCUCUUGAAUCAAAGCCAGCAGGACUUCUUGGCUGAGGCAGAGCUGCUGAAGCUCCAGAAAGAAGUCGUCAGGAAGAUCCGGUCUAAUCAGCAGCUGGAGCAGGACCUCAACGUCAUGGACAUCAAGAUUGGCCUCUUGGUGAAGAAUCGGAUCACCCUGCAGGAGGUGGUCUCCCACUGCAAGAAGCUGACCAAGAAGAAUAAGGAACAGCUGUCGGAUAUGAUGGUUCUGGACAAGCAGAAGGGAUUAAAGUCGCUGAGCAAAGAGAAACGGCAGAAACUAGAAGCAUACCAGCACCUCUUCUACCUACUCCAAACUCAACCCAUCUACCUGGCCAAGCUGAUCUUUCAGAUGCCACAGAACAAAACCACCAAGUUCAUGGAGUCAGUGAUUUUCACUCUGUACAACUAUGCCUCCAACCGCCGAGAGGCCUAUCUCCUGCUCCAGCUGUUCAAGACAGCACUCCAGGAGGAAAUCAAGUCAAAGGUGGACGAGCCUCAGGAUGUGGUGACAGGCCACCCAACAGUGGUGAGGUUGGUGGUGAGAUUUUACCGAAAUGGGCGGGGUCAGAGUGCCCUGCAGGAGAUCCUGGGGAAGGUUAUCCAGGAUGUGCUGGAGGACAAGAUGCUCAGUGUCCACACAGACCCUGUUCACCUCUACAAGAACUGGAUCAACCAGACUGAGGCCCAGACAGGGCAACGCAGCCACCUCCCCUAUGACAUCACCCCAGAGCAGGCCUUGAGCCACCCUGAGGUCCAGAGAAGACUGGACAUCUCCAUCCGCAACCUGCUCACCAUGACGGAAAAGUUUCUUAUAGCCAUCAUCUCAUCUGUAGACCAAAUUCCGUACGGGAUGCGAUAUGUGGCCAAGGUCCUGAAGACAACCCUGAUGGAGAAGUUCCCUGAUGCCACAGAGAGUGAGGUCUAUAAGGUCGUAGGGAAUCUCCUGUACUACCGCUUCCUCAACCCAGCUGUAGUGGCCCCUGACGCCUUUGACAUUGUGGCCAUGGCAGCGGGUGGUGCCCUGACCACCCCCCAGCGCCACACCCUGGGAGCCGUGGCUCAACUCCUGCAGCACGCUGCAGCUGGCAAGGCCUUCUCUGGGGAGAGCCAGCACCUAUGGGUCCUGAACAACUAUCUGGAGGAGACGCAUCUGAAGUUCAGGAAGUUCAUCUGCCGAGCCUGCCAGGUACCAGAACCAGAAGAGCGUUUUGCAAUGGACGAGUACUCAGACAUGGUGGCUGUGGCCAAACCCGUGGUAUACAUCACUGUGGGGGAGCUGGUCAACACGCACAGGCUAUUGCUGGAGCACCAGGACUGGAUCGCCCCUGAUCACCGUGACCCCCUGCAUGAGCUCCUGGAGGAUCUUGGGGAGCUGCCCACUGUCCCUGACCUUAUUGGGGAGAACAUAGCUGCAGAUGGGAACACGGAUCUGAGCAAGCUAGAAGUGUCCCUGACACUCACCAACAAGUUUGAAGGGCUAGAAACAGACAUUGAUGAUACCAAUGCCCAGAGCCUGCUUCUGAGCACCAAGCAGAUGUUGGCUGACAUCAUACAGUUCCACUCUGGGGAUUCCCUCAAGGAGAUAUUGUCCGUCUCGGCUUCCAGAGAGCAGGAAGUGGCUCAUGAGCGGCUGAUGGGCCGGCGCCAGGCCUGUGAGGCCCAGACCCCUGAACCGCUGUGGCGACACCGCUCACUGACAGCUCACUCCCUCCUACCACUGGCAGAGAAGCAAAGGCGUGUCCUGCGGAACCUGCGCCGGCUUGAGGUCCUGGGAUUGGUCAGUGAAGCCAGCGACUACCAGGGGCUGGUGGAUGAGCUGGCCAAGGACAUCCGCAACCAGCGCCGCCACCGGCAGAGGCGGAAGGCAGAGCUGGUGAAGCUUCAGGCCACAUUCCAGGGCCUGAGCACCAAGACCACUUUCUAUGAGGAACAGGGUGACUACUACAGCCAGUACAUCCGGGCCUGCCUGGACCACCUGGCCCCCAACCCAAAGAGUGCUGGGAAGGGGAAGAAACAACCAUCUCUUCAUUACACUGCUGCCCAGCUCCUGGAGAAGGGAGUCUUGGUGGAAAUUGAAGAUCUUCCCUCCUCUCACUUCAGAAAUGUGAUCUUUGACAUCACCCGUGGGGAUGAGGUGGGAAAGUUCGAAGUAAAUGCCAAGUUCCUGGGCGUGGACAUGGAGCGAUUUCAGCUUCACUACCAGGACCUCCUGCAGCUCCAGUAUGAGGGUGUAGCUGUCAUGAAACUCUUCAACAAGGCCAAGGUCAAUGUCAACCUUCUCAUCUUCCUUCUCAACAAGAAAUUCUUAAAGUGA